GCGCCGCUCACGUGGUCCGUUCCCAGCCCCGUCGCCGGCGGAGGCGGGCGCGGGCGCGUGCCUGUGGCCAGUCACCCGGAGGAGUUGGUCGCACAAUUAUGAAAGACUCGGCUUCUGCUGCUAGCGCCGGAGCUGAGUUAGUUCUGAGAAGGUUUCCCUGGGCGUUCCUUGUCCGGCGGCCUCUGCUGCCGCCUCCGGAGACGCUUCCCGAUAGAUGGCUACAGGCCGCGGAGGAGGAGGAGGUGGAGUUGCUGCCCUUCCGGAGUCCGCCCCGUGAGGAGAAUGUCCCAGAAAUCCUGGAUAGAAAGCACUUUGACCAAGAGGGAAUGUGUGUAUAUUAUACCAAGUUCCAAGGACCCUCACAGAUGCCUUCCAGGAUGUCAAAUUUGUCAGCAACUCGUCAGGUGUUUUUGUGGUCGCUUGGUCAAGCAGCAUGCUUGUUUUACUGCAAGUCUUGCCAUGAAAUACUCAGAUGUGAAACUGGGUGACCAUUUUAAUCAGGCAAUAGAAGAAUGGUCUGUGGAAAAGCAUACAGAACAGAGCCCAACGGAUGCUUAUGGAGUCAUAAAUUUUCAAGGGGGUUCUCAUUCCUACAGAGCUAAGUAUGUGAGGCUAUCAUAUGACACCAAACCUGAAGUCAUUCUGCAACUUCUGCUUAAAGAAUGGCAAAUGGAAUUACCCAAACUUGUUAUCUCUGUACAUGGGGGCAUGCAGAAAUUUGAGCUUCACCCACGAAUCAAGCAGUUGCUUGGAAAAGGUCUUAUUAAAGCUGCAGUUACAACUGGAGCCUGGAUUUUAACUGGAGGAGUAAACACAGGUGUGGCAAAACAUGUUGGAGACGCCCUCAAAGAACAUGCUUCCAGAUCAUCUCGAAAGAUUUGCACUAUCGGAAUAGCUCCAUGGGGAGUGAUUGAAAACAGAAAUGAUCUUGUUGGGAGAGAUGUGGUUGCUCCUUAUCAAACCUUAUUGAACCCCCUGAGCAAAUUGAAUGUUUUGAAUAAUCUGCAUUCCCAUUUCAUAUUGGUGGAUGAUGGCACUGUUGGAAAGUAUGGGGCAGAAGUCAGACUGAGAAGAGAACUUGAAAAAACUAUUAAUCAGCAAAGAAUUCAUGCUAGGAUUGGCCAAGGUGUCCCUGUGGUGGCACUUAUAUUUGAGGGUGGGCCAAAUGUUAUCCUCACAGUUCUUGAAUACCUUCAGGAAAGCCCCCCUGUUCCAGUAGUUGUAUGUGAAGGAACAGGCAGAGCUGCAGAUCUGCUAGCAUAUGUUCAUAAACAAACAGAAGAAGGAGGGAAUCUUCCUGAUGCAGCAGAGCCCGAUAUUAUUUCCACUAUCAAAAAAACAUUUAACUUUGGCCAGAAUGAAGCAGUUCAUUUAUUUCAAACACUGAUGGAGUGCAUGAAAAGAAAGGAGCUUAUCACUGUUUUCCAUAUUGGGUCAGAUGAACAUCAAGAUAUAGAUGUAGCAAUACUUACUGCACUGCUAAAAGGUACUAAUGCAUCUGCAUUUGACCAGCUUAUCCUUACAUUGGCAUGGGAUAGAGUUGACAUUGCCAAAAAUCAUGUAUUUGUUUAUGGACAGCAGUGGCUGGUUGGAUCCUUGGAACAAGCUAUGCUUGAUGCUCUUGUAAUGGAUAGAGUUGCAUUUGUAAAACUUCUUAUUGAAAAUGGAGUAAGCAUGCAUAAAUUCCUUACCAUUCCGAGACUGGAAGAACUUUACAACACUAAACAAGGUCCAACUAAUCCAAUGCUGUUUCAUCUUGUUCGAGACGUCAAACAAGGAAAUCUUCCUCCAGGAUAUAAGAUCACUCUAAUUGAUAUAGGACUUGUUAUUGAAUAUCUCAUGGGAGGAACCUACAGAUGCACCUAUACUAGGAAACGUUUUCGAUUAAUAUAUAAUAGUCUUGGUGGAAAUAAUCGGAGGUCUGGCCGAAAUACCUCCAGCAGCACUCCUCAGUUGCGAAAGAGUCAUGAAUCUUUUGGCAAUAGGGCAGAUAAAAAGGAAAAAAUGAGGCAUAACCAUUUCAUUAAGACAGCACAGCCCUACCGACCAAAGAUUGAUACAGUUAUGGAAGAAGGAAAGAAGAAAAGAACCAAAGAUGAAAUUGUAGACAUUGAUGAUCCAGAAACCAAGCGCUUUCCUUAUCCACUUAAUGAACUUUUAAUUUGGGCUUGCCUUAUGAAGAGGCAGGUCAUGGCCCGUUUUUUAUGGCAACAUGGUGAAGAAUCAAUGGCUAAAGCAUUAGUUGCCUGUAAGAUCUAUCGUUCAAUGGCAUAUGAAGCAAAGCAGAGUGACUUGGUAGAUGAUACUUCAGAAGAACUGAAACAGUAUUCCAAUGAUUUUGGUCAGUUGGCCGUUGAAUUAUUAGAACAGUCCUUCAGACAAGAUGAAACCAUGGCUAUGAAAUUGCUCACUUAUGAACUGAAGAACUGGAGUAAUUCAACCUGCCUUAAGUUAGCAGUUUCUUCAAGACUUAGACCUUUUGUAGCCCACACGUGUACACAAAUGUUGUUAUCUGAUAUGUGGAUGGGAAGGCUGAAUAUGAGGAAAAAUUCCUGGUACAAGGUCAUACUAAGCAUUUUAGUUCCACCUGCCAUAUUACUGUUAGAAUAUAAAACUAAGGCUGAAAUGUCCCAUAUCCCACAAUCUCAAGAUGCUCAUCAGAUGACAAUGGAUGACAGCGAAAACAACUUUCAGAACAUAACAGAAGAGAUCCCCAUGGAAGUGUUUAAAGAAGUACGGAUUUUGGAUAGUAAUGAAGGAAAGAAUGAGAUGGAGAUACAAAUAAAAUCAAAAAAGCUUCCAAUCACACGAAAGUUUUAUGCCUUUUAUCAUGCACCAAUUGUAAAAUUCUGGUUUAACACGUUGGCAUAUUUAGGAUUUCUGAUGCUUUAUACAUUUGUGGUUCUUGUACAAAUGGAACAAUUACCUUCAGUUCAAGAAUGGAUUGUUAUUGCUUAUAUUUUUACUUAUGCCAUUGAGAAAGUCCGUGAGAUCUUUAUGUCUGAAGCUGGGAAAGUAAACCAGAAGAUAAAAGUAUGGUUUAGUGAUUACUUCAACAUCAGUGAUACAAUUGCCAUAGUUUCUUUCUUCGUUGGAUUUGGACUAAGAUUUGGAGCAAAAUGGAACUUUGCAAAUGCAUAUGAUAAUCAUGUUUUUGUGGCUGGAAGAUUAAUUUACUGUCUUAACAUAAUAUUUUGGUAUGUGCGUUUGCUAGAUUUUCUAGCUGUAAAUCAACAGGCAGGACCUUAUGUAAUGAUGAUUGGAAAAAUGGUGGCCAAUAUGUUCUACAUUGUAGUGAUUAUGGCUCUUGUAUUACUUAGUUUUGGUGUUCCCAGAAAGGCAAUACUUUAUCCUCAUGAAGCACCAUCUUGGACUCUCGCUAAAGAUAUAGUUUUUCACCCAUACUGGAUGAUUUUUGGUGAAGUUUAUGCAUACGAAAUUGAUGUGUGUGCAAAUGAUUCUGUUAUCCCUCAAAUCUGUGGUCCUGGGACAUGGUUGACUCCAUUUCUUCAAGCAGUCUACCUCUUUGUACAGUAUAUCAUUAUGGUUAAUCUUCUUAUUGCAUUUUUCAACAAUGUGUAUUUACAAGUGAAGGCAAUUUCCAAUAUUGUAUGGAAGUACCAGCGUUAUCAUUUUAUUAUGGCUUAUCAUGAGAAACCAGUUCUGCCUCCUCCACUUAUCAUUCUUAGCCAUAUAGUUUCUCUGUUUUGCUGCAUAUGUAAGAGAAGAAAGAAAGAUAAGACUUCCGAUGGACCAAAACUUUUCUUAACAGAAGAAGAUCAAAAGAAACUUCAUGAUUUUGAAGAGCAGUGUGUUGAGAUGUACUUCAAUGAAAAAGAUGACAAAUUUCAUUCUGGGAGUGAAGAGAGAAUUCGUGUCACUUUUGAAAGAGUGGAACAGAUGUGCAUUCAGAUUAAAGAAGUUGGAGAUCGUGUCAACUACAUAAAAAGAUCAUUACAAUCAUUAGAUUCUCAAAUUGGCCAUUUGCAAGAUCUUUCAGCCCUGACGGUAGAUACAUUAAAAACACUCACUGCCCAGAAAGCGUCGGAAGCUAGCAAAGUUCAUAAUGAAAUCACACGAGAACUGAGCAUUUCCAAACACUUGGCUCAAAACCUUAUUGAUGAUGGUCCUGUAAGACCUUCUGUAUGGAAAAAGCAUAGUGUUGUAAAUACGCUUAGCUCCUCUCUUCCUCAAGGUGAUCUUGAAAGUAAUAAUCCUUUUCAUUGUCAUAUUUUAAUGAAAGAUGACAAAGAUCCCCAGUAUAAUAUAUUUGGUCAAGACUUACCUGCAAUACCCCAGAGAAAAGAAUUUAAUUUUCCAGAGGCUGGUUCCUCUUCUGGUGCCUUAUUCCCAAGUGCUGUUUCCCCUCCAGAACUGCGACAGAGACUACAUGGGAUAGAACUCUUAAAAAUAUUUAAUAAAAAUCAAAAAUUAGGCAGUUCAUCUACUAGCAUACCACAUCUGUCAUCCCCACCAACCAAAUUUUUUGUUAGUACACCAUCUCAGCCAAGUUGCAAAAGCCACUUGGAAACUGGAACCAAAGAUCAAGAAACUGUUUGCUCUAAAGCUACAGAAGGAGAUAAUAUAGAAUUUGGAGCAUUUGUAGGACACAGAGAUAGCAUGGAUUUACAGAGAUUUAAAGAAACAUCAAACAAGAUAAAAGAAAUACUAUCCAAUAACAAUACUUCUGAAAACACUUUGAAACGAGUGAGUUCUCUUGCUGGAUUUACUGACUGUCACAGAACUUCCAUUCCUCUUCAUUCAAAACAAGCAGAAAAAAUCAGUAGAAGGCCAUCUACCGAAGACACUCAUGAAGUAGAUUCCAAAGCAGCUUUAAUACCGGAUUGGUUACAAGAUAGACCAUCAAACAGAGAAAUGCCAUCUGAAGAAGGAACAUUAAAUGGUCUCACUUCUCCAUUUAAGCCAGCUAUGGAUACAAAUUACUAUUAUUCAGCUGUGGAAAGAAAUAACUUGAUGAGGUUAUCACAGAGCAUUCCAUUUACACCUGUGCCUCCAAGAGGGGAGCCUGUCACAGUGUAUCGUUUGGAAGAGAGUUCACCCAACAUACUAAAUAACAGCAUGUCUUCUUGGUCACAACUAGGCCUCUGUGCCAAAAUAGAGUUUUUAAGCAAAGAGGAGAUGGGAGGAGGUUUACGAAGAGCUGUCAAAGUACAGUGUACCUGGUCAGAACAUGAUAUCCUCAAAUCAGGGCAUCUUUAUAUUAUCAAAUCUUUUCUUCCAGAGGUGGUUAAUACAUGGUCAAGUAUUUAUAAAGAAGAUACAGUUCUGCAUCUCUGUCUGAGAGAAAUUCAACAACAGAGAGCAGCACAAAAGCUUACAUUUGCCUUUAAUCAAAUGAAACCCAAAUCCAUACCAUAUUCUCCAAGGUUCCUUGAAGUUUUCCUGCUGUAUUGCCAUUCAGCAGGACAGUGGUUUGCUGUGGAAGAAUGUAUGACUGGAGAAUUUAGAAAAUACAACAAUAAUAAUGGAGAUGAGAUUAUUCCAACUAAUACUCUGGAAGAGAUCAUGCUAGCCUUUAGCCACUGGACUUACGAAUAUACAAGAGGGGAGUUACUGGUACUUGAUUUGCAAGGUGUUGGUGAAAAUUUGACUGACCCAUCUGUGAUAAAAGCAGAAGAAAAGAGAUCCUGUGAUAUGGUUUUUGGCCCAGCAAAUCUAGGAGAAGAUGCAAUUAAAAACUUCAGAGCAAAACAUCACUGUAAUUCUUGCUGUAGAAAGCUUAAACUUCCAGAUCUGAAGAGGAAUGAUUAUACGCCUGAUAAAAUUAUAUUUCAUCAGGAUGAGCCUUCAGAUUUGAAUCUUCAGCCUGGAAAUUCCACCAAAGAAUCAGAAUCAACUAAUUCUGUUCGUCUGAUGUUAUAAUAUUAAUAUUACUGAAUCAUUGGUUUUGCCUGCACCUCACAGAAAUGUUACUGUGUCACUUUUCCCUCAGGAGGAAAUUGUUUGGUAAUACAGAAAGGUGUAUGCAAGUUGAAUUUGCUGACUCCAGCACAGUUAAAAGGUCAAUAUUCUUUUGACCUGAUUAAGCAGUCAGAAAGUCCCUAUAGAAUAGAGCUGGCAGCUGAGAAAUUUUAAAGGUAAUUGAUAAUUAGUAUUUAUAACUUUUUAAAGGGCUCUUUGUAUAGCAGAGGAUCUCAUUUGACUUUGUUCUGAUGAGGGUGAUGCCCUCUCUUAUGUGGUACAAUACCGUUAACCAAAGGUAGGUGUCCAUGCAGAUUUUAUUGUCAGCUGGUUUAUUGCCAUUCAACUAGGGAAAUGAAGAAAUCACACAGCCUUUUGGUUAAAUGGCAGUCAAAAUUUUCCUCAGUGUAUUUAGUGUGUUCAGUGAUGAGAUCACUGGUUCCCAACUAGAUGCUUGUUGGCCACGGGAAGGGAAAUGACUUGUUCUAAUUCUAGGUUCACAGAGGUAUAAGAAGCCUGAACUGAAGACCAUUUUCAAGAGGGACGGUAUUUAUGAAUCAGGGUUAGGCUCCAUAUUUAAAGAUAGAGCCAGUUUUUUUUUUAAAUAGAACCCAAAUUGUGUAAAAAUGUUAAUUGGGUUUUUUAAACAUUGUUUUAUCAAGUCACUGUUAAGUAGAAGAAAGCCAUGGUAAACUGAUAUAUAACCUAAAUUAUAAAAGCAGAAACCUAACUCACUCGUCAAGGGAAGUUACCUUUUGAGGAAAGUUGAAGUACUUUUUCCCUAUCUGUAUCUAUAGCAACAACCCAGAACUUACAUACUUCUCCAAAGAUUUUAUUGAUUGUUAUAUCAAACCAGAAUGUAAACAUGAACUCUUGCAUAUAUUUAAAAUUGUGUUGGAACAUUUGAACAUGAAUGCUGUUUGUGGUACUUAAGAAAUUAAUUCAGUUGGAUUAUCAUUAUGUGAUACUGGCAGAUUGCAGUGCAACCUUAUGCCAAUAAAAUGUAAUUUAAUAGCCCCAGUUAUUGUUGAAUAUUCAACAAUAACAAGAAAAGCUUUUCAUCUAAGUUUUAUGUUUUAAUUUUUUUUCUUUUUUUUUCUUUUUCUUUUGUUUCCUUGGUACUAAUUUUAAUUUUUAUUUGGAAGGGAGCAGUAUAAAGCUUAUUUGUAUUUAGUAGUGUAUCUCAUAGAUACAGACAAGGCAAGAGAUGAUAAGCUGUUUAAAUAGUGUUUAAUAUUGAUUGGGGGUGGGGAGAAAGAAAAAGUGUAUUAAAGAUAUUAUAUACAUUUUGUAUAUCAUUAAAUCUUUAAAAGAAAUGAAAUAAAUUUAUUGUUUACAGAU